UAAUCAGUGAUUGAAAUUCAAAACCCAUCUAGCUUAUUCCAGGAGGCUAUUGGGCAACAUAACCAUUUCUUACGUUACAAUCGCCUCGCUAUUCAUGUUAACUAAAUGCUCUGUCAAUUUCAACUAAGCAAGCUGCUAAAUCAUUCAUCUUUUAUCUUGCCUAGGCUACUGUCGGCUAUCUGGCUAUAUACUACUUGCAUCUAGCUAACCAAACCAUGGCAAAGUUGAAUUACAAUCAUAAACGCAGAUUUUAGUCACUAGGCCUAGCCUAUGCCUAUUUGAAAUGACAAGUCAAUAGCCUAACAUUCGUUUUUUGAAGUUCGUCCAAGUGUUUCUUGCACAGAGAUUUCGAGAUCCUCUGUCCAACUUUCAUCCCUCAAACUCUUCUGUUGGAUUGAUCAAUAGUUAUGCACAUGCACAUAAGGGAUUUAUUUACAAUCAUAGCAGUUAAAUCUAUAUCCAAUGACUGAAAAUGAUCUGGCGAGUUUAAUAAGAACGAAUUGUUUUUUGUCUUGGGACAUAUUAAAAUUCCUUUAUUAUUCAUGUUAGCUUGCAAUAAUGAUUAUUUUGAUGGAAAACCAAAUGUAACUUCUUACGUCGAUAUUCCUUCUUAAUUCGCUCCAUAACGUUAUGGAAAAGGCUAUAACUAUGGCAAAAUGUGUCAACUCCUCUCUUGCGGCUGAAAAACAAAUCGCCUUGUGGACGGGUUUUGAUCAUUGUUAGGGUUUGACCAACUAUUUGUGUGCAUAAACUAUAUAAUAUAACACAGAUGCUAUAAUAAUAACUAUAUAAACUAUAGAUAAUUGAGUACUGCUAUAUGUUAGAGGAAGUGGCUCAUAUGAUGGUGGGUCAUGUGGACAGAAUGCUGAUGCUUUAAAACAGGGUUUUGCAAGAGCUUUUUGCUGAACAACAGCAAUAACAGGAUAUGGGUGAAAUGUAUAUGCAGGGGGGUGUAAGGGUUUUAGAGAACUGUGCAUUGUGCAGUCACAAGAUGAGACAUCCGCCAGAGACAAUAGCUACGCCAGGAAACAGGAGUGCGUCUAGAGGUUGGGACCAACCUGCACGCCAACAAUAGGUUGGAAUAAGUCUAAACCAUAUUCUAGCCUCUACUAUGACAGGCCAUCAGGGAGAGGGAACUAAGUCUGUCCAGUAUUUAAGGAAGAACUUGUGAUGUCAUACCAGUUCUCUGUCUGCCCUGCGUGGUGUUACAGGGAGCCGUAUAUACGAACCACAUAUUUACCAUUCAAGUGUUUGCAUUAAUUAAAGUACAAAGAAAUCAGAAGUUACUAUGUGCUGACUAUUUUGUUCUGAUACCAGAUUCGAAUUGACGCGACCUUACAUCAUCGGGCUAGACAUUUUUUGAUACACCUGGCAACCCUGAUCGCAUUCUUCAGAAUAAAGAAACGCCAUAACUGAUGUCAAGAGGAUAACUUUUGUGUCCGUUUCUCUUCAUUACUAAAGAUUAAGUCUGAGGCCGGUAACAUCAACAGUGAGGACAAACCCAGCCUGCCUCUCUCCUUCCACACUGAGUCCAAACCUACAGUCACUGGGUCCUGAUUGUGACAGUGGAGCCCAGUUUGCACUGCAAGAUCCAGAGAUGGCAUCAGUGAAGCUGGAAGACUGCAGUCAAACACUGGAGCUGAAUGUCAACAUUAAAGAUGAAGAGGAGGAGAUUGGUAAAUCUCUUAAUCAUGGAGACCAUGUUGAGACAUUCUCUACAUCCAGAGAGCAACAUCAGGAAGAUCACAGAGCUAAGAGGUCUCACCACUGCCCAAAUUGUGAGGAGAGUUUCCCAAUUCUAUCAAAUCUAAAAAUACACCUAAAAAUACACACAGACCAGAAUCUGUAUUCCUGCACUGACUGUGGAAAAAGAUUCACAACAUCAAGGGCUCUGACAGCUCAUCAGAAAGUGCACACUGGAGAGAAGCCAUACUUCUGCUUUGUCUGUGGGGAGAGUUUCUCUCAACAGGGCCACUUAAAAACACACCAUCGAAUACACACAGGAGAGAAGCCAUUCUCCUGCUUUGACUGUGGGGAGAGUUUCUCUCAACAGGGCCACCUAAAAACCCACCAACGAAUACACACAGGAGAGAAGCCUUACUCCUGCUCUGACUGUGGAAAGAGUUUCUCUCAACUGGGCAGCUUAAAAACACACCAACGUAUACACACAGGAGAGAAGCCUUACUCCUGCUCUUACUGUGGGGAGUGUUUCUCUCAACUGGGCAACUUAAAAACACACGAACGUAUACACACAGGAGAGAAGCCUUUCUCCUGCACUGACUGUAGGAAGAGCUUCACAACAUCACAAGCUCUGACAGUUCAUCAGAGAGUGCACAGUGGAGAGAAGCCUUACUACUGCUCUGAAUGUGGAAAGAGUUUCUCCCAAUUGGAUAUGCUAAAAUGUCACCAACUAAUACAUACAGGAGAGAAGCCUUACUCCUGCUCUGACUGUGGAAAAAGUUUCUCUCAACUGGGCAACUUAGAAGCACACCAACGUAUACACACAGGAGAGAAGCCUUACUCCUGCUCUGACUGCGGGAAGAGUUUCUCCCGAUUGGAUACCUUAAAACGCCACAAAUGUAUACAUAAAGGACAGAAGCCCCAUCAGUUCUCUCAGACCAGCUAAGAAUUAAAGUCACUCCAUCACUUAAAUAUGCACUGUAGAAAUCACUCCACCAUUUCCUGGAUGUUAAAAUUGCAAUAGUUCUAAUAGCCUAAAACAAGCAGUCAUUGUACCAUCUAAACCGCUGAGAAAUAUAUUUUCCAUAACCAAAAUAUUGUAUUUUGAGCUGUUGUACAAAAACGGAAGUAAAAAAAGCAUAGAAAUAGUGCACAUAGAAUAGAUCUACUGCUUCUUAGACCGAGAGAAGCCUUACUCCUUGUCUGACUGGAAAAUGCUUCACAGCACUGGGUGAUCUAAAAGUUAAUCAGCGAACACACACUGGGGAAAAGCCUGUGUGUACUGCACUGCCUGUGGGAAUAUUUUAUCUCUAUUGGACACCUUAGCUAGGCUUGGGCUUUAUCCAGAUUGUCAUACCUUCAUACCGACCUUGUGCCAUACCAGAAUAUUAGGUAAUACUGGCACUGAACACAAGGGGUGCUAUUUUCAAACCCCACAAUGCCUCUGAAGGUUAGCGAUGCUAACAAAUCCCAUAGAGAAUGCUAACGAGGUCUCUGACCGAAACUUUUUUUCAGAACAGACAUCCCAGCUCAAAGUUAUACAAGCAACAAAUAAAUGGUACUCACAGUUCACUGCACGCAAAAAAAUAUAUGUAUAUUAGACAGCAUCCAGGAGUAGUUAGCUAACUAACUACUAUAUUAGCAAACCAAAUGCACAACUGCAGAGCAUUUAGCACAUUUUAGACUGUUAACUUAAAGGGAUAUUCCUCAUCUCCAGCACCACCCCAACAUCAACAUGUGAAUAUUGCGUGUAUCUGUAGUAAAAAAAGAUUGAGGAAGAUAAGUGUUUCUAAUGACAUCAUCGGUGGGCAUCGUGUGAUUUUUGACCAAUUUAUGAGGAGGCAUUGCCUACCAAUUGGUUGAUGAUGUCAUUUUCACAUGUUGAUGUUUGGUUGGUGCUUCAUUUCCCUUUAAUAGAGUUAUAAGAUAUUAUAUAUUUAUUUGUCACAUAUGUACCGACAGAUGUAGCCUAUUGAAUAGCAUUAUAGAAUAUGCAUUAAAUGCAUCCUCCAAUUGUAAAGUCUGUCUGUGCCCAUACAGGAGACCGUGUUGAGAGCAGCAUGAAGAUCACAGAGCAGAGGUCUCACCACUGUCAGUUCUCUCAGAACAGUUAAGAUUAGAGUCAUAAAAUAAGUUGUAACAGUAAAUUGGAUCAAAUGAAGAAAGCGUAGAACACUCUAUUGUAAUCCUAUUGUUUUUCACUGUGAGCGAACUGUGCAGAGGAAAGAGAGCGUUAUAAAAUGUUAACCUCUUUACUUUACAUAUCACUGUGCACCUUGUCUGUUUUGGUGUGUUUUGUUAGCUUCUAGUGUAAAGAUAUUGAGAUGACCUUGGAUUUUCACUUCGUGUUAAGUGUGAGGCUUUUCAUUUUAAAAACAAACAGUUUAUAGUUUAACAGUUGAUGGGGUGGUACUGCUUCCCUCUCAGCCUGGUCUGUCUGUGGGGAGAGUUUCAACUGGGCAACUUUAAAAACACACCAACUGAAUAUACACAGGAGAGAAGCCUUACUCCUGCUCUGUGGAUGGGUGGGCGUAUAACACGAACAUCUAGCAACCUAAAGGUUGCAAUGUUUGAAUCUAAUCACAGAUGACUUUAGCAUUUUAGCUAAUAAGCAACUUUGCAACGACUUACUACUUUUUAGCUACUACUUAGCAUGUUAGCUAACCCUCCCCCCCAAAAAAGUUUUACCCCUAACCCUAAACUUAACCCAAAGCAUAGGCACCUAGCUAGCAUUAGCAACAAUAAAUUGUAAUUCGUAACAUAUUGAACAUUUGUAACAUAUUGUACAAAUUCCAAUUCAUAACAUAUCAUACAAAUUGUAAUUUAUACGUCCUACAAUUUGUAUUCUACAUUACAUGACCAAAAGUAUGUGGACACCUGUUCAUCGAGCAUCUCAUUCAUGGGUAUUAAUAUGGAGUUUGUCCCCCCUUUGCUGCUAUAACAGCCUCUUCCGGGAAGGCUUUCCACCAGAUGUUGGAACAUUGCUGUGGGCACUUGCUUUCAUUCAGGUUGUCCCUCUGCAGUUCUCUGUGGGAAUGAGUUAGUAGACACAACAUGUAUCAGAUUGUGAUGAUCAGUUCUCUGUGGGAAUGAGUUAGUAGACACAACAUGUAUCAUAUAGAGAUGGUGUGAUGAUCAGUUUUCUGUGGGAAUGAGUUAGUAGACACAACAUGUAUCAGAUAGAGAUGAUGUGAUGAUCAGUUUUCUGUGGGAAUGAGUUAGUAGACACAACAUGUAUCAGAUAGAGAUGAUGUGAUGAUCAGUUUUCUGUGGGAAUGAGUUAGUAGACACAACAUGUAUCAGAUAGAGAUGAUGUGAUGAUCAGUAUCCUGUGGGAAUGAGCUAGUAGACACAUGUAUCAGAUAGCGAUGGUGUGAUGAUCAGUUUUCUGUGGAAAUGAGUUAGUAGACACAACAUGUAUCAGAUAGAGAUGAUGUGAUGAUCAGUUUUCUGUGGGAAUGAGCUGGUAGACACAACAUGUAUCAGAUAGAGAUGAUGUGAUGAUCAGUUUUCUGUGGGAAUGAGUUAGUACACACAACAUGUAUCAGAUAGAGAUGAUCAGUUUUCACCACUAGUUUGGGGGGAUAAUUUUUGCUAUUAAACAACUGUUUAAUGAUACACAGGUUAUGAAACAACUACAUGUGUUUAUUAAGUUAUCUUUUAAAAGCAGAUUUGUUUUAGUCAUUGAUAAUGAAUGUGUUUGGAUAACUGCAUAAGUUAAGUUAAUUGAUCUGCCAAUUAAAAAUAAAGUUACAUGAAUUUGAA